AUGAUUGAAAGAGCUAUCUGUGAAACAGAACCGGAGCAGCCUGUCCGACAUUACCCACUCUGGGUGAAAGUAGAAGGUGAAGUAGACCCAGAGCCGGUGUACAUCCCAACGCCUUCUGUCAUUGAGCCUAUGAGACCGUUGUUGUUGCCUCAGCCAGAAGUUUCCUCUACUACUGUGAAGGGCAAACUGCUCACUGGAAUUAAACCUGCGAGGGCAUAUACUCCCAAACCCAAUCCUGUGAUUCGGGAAGAAGACAAGGAUCCAGUCUACUUGUACUUUGAAAGUAUGAUGACUUGUGCCCGAGUUCGAGUGUAUGAACGAAAAAAAGAGGAAGAGAGAGAACCAUCACCAUCACCAUCCCCAUCAUUUCAGCAGCAGGGCUCAUGUCAUUCUAGUCCUGAGAACUGUAGUGUAAAGGAGCCAGCUUCUGAACAGCAGCCUUUGAAACCACUCACUUGUGACCUGGAGGAUGAUUCUGAUAAAUCACAAGAAAAGAGCUGGAAGUCUUCCUGCAAUGAAGGGGAAUCAGCUUCUACCUCCUAUGUGCAUCAGAGGUCACCUGGUGGUCCCACCAAACUGAUCGAGAUCAUCUCAGACUGCAACUGGGAGGAGGAUCGGAACAAGAUUUUGAGCAUCUUAUCCCAGCACAUCAAUAGCAACAUGCCACAGUCACUUAAGGUGGGCAGCUUCAUCAUUGAGUUGGCUUCUCAGCGAAAGAGCCGGGGUGAAAAGAAUCCUCCUGUUUAUUCUUCUCGUGUGAAAAUCUCUAUGCCAUCAUGUCAAGAUCAAGAUGAUAUGGCUGAGAAAUCUGGAUCAGAGACUCCUGACGGUCCAUUAUCCCCUGGGAAAAUGGAUGAUGUCUCUCCCGUGCAGACAGAUGCCCUGGAUUCAGUGAGGGAGAGAUUACAUGGAGGCAAAGGUCUGCCCUUUUAUGCAGGGCUUUCUCCUGCAGGGAAGCUUGUGGCCUAUAAACGUAAACCCAGUUCAAGCACAUCUGGGCUUAUCCAGGUUAAUGGUAAGAGUUACCCGCAGGCUAAGUUGCUAUUGGGACAGAUGGGGGCAUUGCAUCCAGCCAAUAGGCUAGCUGCUUAUAUCACAGGCAGGUUGCGACCCUCAGUCCUGGACCUCUCAACCCUCAGUACUGUCAUCUCCAAGGUAGCAUCCAAUGCCAAGGUGGCUGCAUCCAGGAAACCACGUACCCUGUUGCCUUCAACAUCCAAUUCCAAAACGGCAUCAUCUGGCACUACAACAAAUCGCCCUGGGAAGAAUCUGAAGGCGUUUGUCCCGGCGAAAAGACCAAUUGCGGCUCGACCCUCUCCUGGUGGUGUGUUCACACAGUUUGUGAUGAGUAAAGUUGGAGCCCUGCAGCAGAAGAUCCCUGGAGUUAGCACACCCCAACCCCUAACAGGGCCACAGAAGUUCAGUAUCAGACCUUCUCCAGUAAUGGUCGUCACACCUGUGGUUUCUUCUGAGCCAGUUCAGGUGUGCAGCUCUGUGACUGCUGCUGUCACUACUACCACCCCUCAAGUGUUUUUAGAAAAUGUUCCUGCUGUGAUACCUACGACUGCUCUAUCUGACGUGGGAACUAAAGAAACUACUUAUUCUUCUGGUGCCACCACUGCAGGGGUUGUUGAGGUCACUGAAACUAAUACCAGCACCCUUGUAACACUUACCCAGUCUACAGCCACUUUGAACCUUAUCAAAACGACUGGGAUAACUACCCCUGUGGCUUCAGUUGCUUUUCCUAAGUCUUUGGUAGCAUCUCCUCCAACCAUAACUCUUCCUGUUGCUUCCACUGCCUCCACCUCCAUAGUCGUGGUGACCACAGCUGCAUCUUCUUCCAUGGUGACCACACCAACUUCAUCUCAGAGCUCUGUUCCCAUUAUACUCUCGGGAAUUGAUGGGAGUCCACCAGUGAGCCAGAGACCAGAAAAUGCCCCUCAGAUUCCAGUGGCUCCUCCACAGGUCUCUCCUAACACAGUGAAACGUGCUGGACCUCGAUUGUUGUUGAUUCCAGUGCAGCAGGGUUCUCCUACUCUUAGACCUGUCCCAAACACACAACUUCAGGGACAUCGGAUGGUCUUGCAGCCUGUUAGGAGUCCAAGUGGAAUGAACUUAUUCAGGCACCCUAAUGGGCAGAUUGUCCAGCUUCUCCCUUUGCAUCAGCUUCGAGGAUCUAAUAACCAGCCCAACUUACAGCCUGUCAUGUUUCGGAACCCAGGGUCUGUGAUGGGAAUCCGUUUACCUACUCCUUCCAAACCUUCAGAGACUCCACCUUCUUCGGCUUCGCCCUCUGCUUUCUCCGUUGUGAAUCCUGUAAUUCAGGCUGUUGGGUCUUCUCCAGCAAUGAAUGUUAUCACUCAGGCACCAUCAUUGCUUUCUUCUGGACAUAAUUUUGUGUCUCAGUCUGGUACAUUGACUCUGAGGAUUUCCCCUCCUGAACCACAAAGUUUCACAAGUAAAACAACCUCUGAAACCAAACUAACCUAUAGUUCAGGAGGGCAGCCUGUUGGUACAGCCAGUCUUAUUCCUCUCCAGUCUGGUAGUUUUGCCUUGUUGCAGCUCCCAGGACAAAAACCUGUUCCCAGCUCCAUUCUUCAACAUGUUGCUUCACUUCAGAUGAAAAGAGAAUCUCAGAAUGCAGACCAGAAAGAUGAAACAAGCUUUUUAAAAACAGAGCAAGAAACUAAGAAGGGUCUGCAGUCAGGAGGAGAAGCUGUAGAGCCUGAGACUAAUAUAAUAAAACAAAACCCAGGAGCUGCUGUCUCAGAAGAAACUCUGAAUGAUUCCUUGGAAGAUGGGGGUGAUCAUUUAGAUGAAGAAUCCCUUAUAGAAGAAGGGCCUGCAGCUCUUAAACCUUCUGAGCAUAUCUGUAGCACUGGCUCACACACAGGUGAAGACUAUAAAGAUGUUGAGGAAGAAUAUGGGAUUAGGAACCAUAACAGUUCCAAAGAAAAACUGACUGUUCUAGAAGUUAAGACCAUUUCUGGAAGAGCCAGUAACAUGACAGUCCAAAGUGUGAAUAAUGUGCAACUUAAAAAACCUGGUGAUGUGAAAGUGGAACAGCAGAAAGGCUUAGGCAAUCCAGAGGAAAAAUCAAAUGAAUUUCCAAUUAUCUCUAAAGAAGAAAGCAAAGUUGAAUUUUCAGGCAGUAGAGUUGUGGAGCAGCAAUCUAAUCCAAAGCCAGAGGCCAAGGAGAAGGGAUGUGGAGAGUCUCUGGAGAAGGACAGCAUUAGGGAGAGGUGGAGAAAACACCUAAAGGGCCCUUUGGCCCAGAAAUAUGUUAGAACUUCACAAGAAGGCAAGAACGAGACAAAUGAGCAGUUAAUUAAAGAAACAAAAACUUGUAAGGAAAAUUCAGAUGUGUUUCAACAAGAACACAGUAUCUCUGAUUUACUUGGAAAAAGUGGAACUACUGAGAAUGCCAGAAUUUUAAAAACUGAAUGUGAUUCUUGGAGUAGGAUUUCUAGUCCUACAACCUUCUCCAUUGUCCCUAGGAGAGCUGCGAAAGGGAGCAGAGGGGAUGGACAUUUUCAAGGUCACUUACUGCUCUCAGGAGAACAGAUAAAACCAAAGCAAGAGAAGACGGGUGGGAGAAGCAGUACUGACUUCACUGUUUUGGAGUUGGAAGAGGAUGACGAAGAAGAUGAGAAUGAGAAAACCGAUGAUUCUAUUGAUGAGAUUGUGGAUGUUGUUUCUGACUACCAGAGUGAGGAGGUUGAUGAUGUAGAAAAGGUGAAUAACUGUAUAGAAUACAUUGAGGAUGAUGAAGAACAAGUGGACAUUGAGACUGUAGAAGAGCUCCCCGAGGAAAUUAAUGUCGCCCACAUGAAGAGCACAGCUGUCCAUACAGAGAUUUUGAAACAGCCGUGCCGUAUGCCUGUCUCUGCAGAUGAAAAAGCUACUGAAAGGAGUCGAAAGGCUGCACAAGUUCCUCUAAAGCUAAAACCUGAUUACUGGAGUGAAAAACUACAGAAAGAAGCAGAAGCUUUUGCGUAUUAUCGCCGGACACACACUGCCAAUGAACGCCGCCGCCGUGGUGAAAUGAGAGAUCUCUUUGAGAAGUUGAAGAUCACAUUGGGGUUACUUCAUUCUUCCAAGGUUUCCAAAAGUCUCAUUCUUACUAGGGCAUUCAGUGAAAUUCAGGGGCUAACAGAUCAGGCAGACAAGUUGAUAGGACAGAAGAAUCUCCUGACUCGCAAACGGAAUAUUUUGAUACGGAAAGUAUCAUCUCUUUCAGGUAAGACAGAAGAAGUGGUCCUGAAGAAGCUAGAGUAUAUUUAUGCAAAACAACAAGCAUUAGAGGCACAAAAGAGGAAAAAGAAGAUGGAAUCAGAUGAGUUUGAUGUGUCUCCCAGAACUAGCAAACAGCAGGAAGGAGCUUCUGCAUCAUCUGUAGAUCUCGGACAGAUGUUUAUAAAUAACAGGAAGGGGAAGCCUUUGAUUCUUUCCAGAAAAAAAGACCAGGCCACAGAAAAUACCUCACCCUCUAAUACUCCACACACCUCUGCCAACAUUGUGAUGACUCCACAAGGGCAAUUGCUCACCUUGAAAGGUCCCCUAUUCUCAGGACCAGUGGUUACUGUUUCUCCUGCUCUCUUAGAAGCAGAUCUGAAACCUCAAGUUGCCAGUAGUGCUGUGGCUCAAUCAGAAAAUGACGACUUAUUUAUGAUGCCAAGAAUUGUUAAUGUGACAUCAUUGGCAACGGAGGGAGGUUUGGUAGAUAUGAGUGGCAGCAAAUACCCCCAUGAAGUUCCUGAUGGCAAGCCACCUGACCACCUGAAAAACACUGUCAGGAGUGAGGAUAACUCCUGUGAAGAUUUGGGUAGAAUCUCUUCCAGAGGCAACCAUAGAGAUGUCAGAAUGGCGCUGGGUACCGCACAGGUUUAUCUGUCACAUAAAGAUUCUGGUUUUCCACAAAUAGUUGAUGUUUCCAGUAUGCAAGAAGCACAAGAAUUCUUACCCAAAAAGAUUUCUGGUGAUACCAGGGGGAGUCAGCAUAAAUGGAAAGAGAGUGAAUCAAGACGGGAGAGACUGAAGACAAAGGAGUCUCCAUUUCAUAAAUUAAAGAUGAAAGAUCUCAAAGACUCAAGCAUAGAGAUGGAAUUGAGAAAGGUAGCAUCAGCUAUAGAGGAAGCAGCAUUGGAUCCCAGUGAACUGCUAACUAGUAUGGAAGAUGAGGAUGAUACUGAUGAGACACUGACAUCUCUGCUCAAUGAGAUUGCCUUUCUUAAUCAGCAGUUAAAUGAUGACUCUGUUAGCCUGGCUGAACUGCCUAGCUCUCUGGAUACAGAGUUCCCAGGGGAUGCUCGCCGGGCUUUUAUCAGUAAGCUUCCUCCUGGGAACAGAGCAACUUUUCAGGUUGGCCACUUGGGAACUGCUUUGAAGGAAUUGCCUGAUGUGCAAGGGGAGAGUGACUCUGUCAGCCCCCUCCUCUUGCACUUGGAAGAUGAUGACUUUUCUGAGAAUGAAAAGCAACUUGCAGAACCAGCCUCUGAACCAGAUGUGCUUAAGAUUGUCAUUGACUCUGAGAUAAAGGAGUCCCUCAUUUCCCACAGAAAAGCGGGUGAUGAAGGGAAGAGUACUUCUAGCAUCCCUGCCGAGCCUGAAAGUGUGUCCUCACCCCCAAUCCUACACAUGAAGGGUGGCGUAGAAAACAACAGCACGGAUACUUUGUGGAGGCCGAUGCCAAAGUUGGCACCUCUAGGUUUAAAAGUAGCUAAUACUUCCAGUGAUACAGAUGGUCAGAGUCUCAAGGUGAUGCCUUGUUUGGCACCUGUAGCUGCCAAAGUUGGGUCAGUUGGACACAAAAUGAACUUAACAGGGAAUGAUCAGGAAUGCCGGGAGAGCAAGGUGAUGCCUACAUUGGCACCUGUUGUGGCCAAACUGGGCAACACUGGGGCCUCACCAAGUUCUGCAGGGAAAUGAACUUAGUUGUCCUCAGGCAGAAGCCAGGCUGUGAGGGGAAACCUCCUUUCUCUGCAGGCACCUGUUUGUUUGUGUCAUGGAACUGUGAUCCUUGACUUUGAAAUGUGGUGAAUGAUGGUAGAGAAAGGGGGUAGGGUGCUGACGUCCGUAAAAGAAAUUAACUACUAUGAAAUUCUGAUCAUGUUAAAAUGUGUUACCUCACUUGUGGUGCUGGGUCUUCUCAUCCUCUCCAAGAAGAUGUGAUCCAUUACUGAACACGAGGUGCCCCUCUUACCCAAGGAAUUUGUAACAAGACUAGGUCCAUAGUGGUUCCUAGUUCUUCCCUCCCAGAGUAAAAGCUGCUUGAGACUUAGGAGUUGCUAUGGACUGAACCUUAGUUGAUAGCUGUUGUUUUUAGUCUGAAGUCCAAGGAAUGUGAUGCACUUGUGCAAAGGGAUCCAGAAGAGGUAGCUUUUAGUUGGUGUUUCAGAAUAGGGGGAGAGAGGAUGGGUACCAUGGAAUACCAAAGUGAAGGACUUAGUAUCAUUCAACAAAAUUUUCUCUUCUUUCAUAUCCCAAGUAGCUUCCAUUCCCUCACCUUUUCAAUCAGGAUUAUAAAUCUAAGCCUUCUGGUAAAGUAGGAAUGCUUCUUAAAAAGCUUUUAUUACUAAGGUAAUCAUUUUGAGAUGUAAAAAUUAACUAGUUCUCCCUAACUAUGUUUGGGUGUUGAGAAGACCAUUUCACGGUACCAAGGAUUUCUACCUUGAAUAUAUUUGUUGGAGGUAGACAUACAGGGAGCCCUUCCCCUUUCACAAAUCACAACACUCAAGAGAUAUGUAAAAUGAUAAGCAUUCCCUCCCCAUACCAGAGACAGUGGCCAAAACAAACAAACAAACAAACAAAAACUGUGGGGCUGGGUAUUUCCCACAUCAAACCAGCCUCCUGGUGCUUGGAGGUUUCAUUCACUGUUACCUGCACAGGCUGUAAAAGAAAAGUCACAGUAGGCACUCUUUACCAGGGAAAUAAGGCAGUAUUUGAAUCACAAGAUAUAUUUUUUAUUAUCUGCUACCAUGGAUUCAAUGAUCUGUAGAGCUUUUUCACUCAGCUGUCAGGGUAUGAAGGUCUGACAGCCUGUAAAGAUAAAGAUAUUUAUAUUUUUGUAUAGUUGUUUUCAUAGAUUUCUCAAAGGCUGAAGUUUUCAACCUAGAAGAUGAGAUUUGUAUUGAGUAUAGAAAUGAUGUUUCCUAUCUAGUUUGUAAAUAAUCAUGGUGCACUUGAGGGGUCUCUUGGAAACUCCUGGGGGCAAGAAUCACUAUUCUGAAAAUGUAUAGACUGGGAUUUAGCUGCUGCAUUUUGCCUUUCUUAAAUAAUUAUAUUUUGGAAUGUAACCCCUGUUCUGUCUUCAUUGACAGGAUUUGCUUGUGUUGUGAAACAAUAACACAAGAGCUUCCAGUGCCUGGGCUGUGCCUAGGCAGUGCUGUUUCUUCUACAUCCCCUGCCUUCUUUAUCCCAAAUCCCACUCAGCAUAUCUUCAGAACCAGGUUGUGAAACCAACGUUGGAAUGGUCCUAGCCAGUGAAUUAUUACCUCCGUGGUUGGUUCCCUUUCUAGUAACUCUGGUAAUAAACAGAUUGAAGAGGGUGGGAAAGUUUCCUCUGCGAAUUGCACCGGGAACACAUUCUUUGUUGGUUUUUUUAUGCUACUUGCCUUUCUUGACCUUCUCAUCAGCCUCCAGCCUUCCCACCUCUAAAGGUUACUGAAGGAGCUUGAAGUAGGUGAUGAGCGCCACUCAGCUUGUCAUUAUCCCUCCCACUUCUCUUUACCCAGGAGAUUUCAUUCAAUGCCUUAGCCAAGGAAUCCAGCACCUGUCUUCCCUGCUAAUAACUGUCCUUGGAGAUGCUAGUAGUUUAAUCCAGGUAUAGCAGUUUCCCAUUAUUUCUUUGCUUGUCUUGUCCUCAUGUUCCCUCCUGACUUUCCAAGGCUCUUAAAGCUUUUGAGGGUCAGCCAAGGAGCAGGCAAGUGAGCGAGUAAUCCUCAGGAAAAGAAGGACCAUUCUGCUUCUGAACACUGUUCCCUUUUUUAGAAGAAAAUAGACAAAUAGGUAGUAUUCAUUUCUUGAUGGGAAGAUAUUUGACUGUUUAUGGAAGAUGUCCAGAAAUAGAAAUGAGAGAUGAUCCAGUGUGUUCAAGGAAGGCUGCAGAUGUCAUUAUAAACACCCCCUCCCCCCCAAUAAUGGUGUUUGCAAGACCUCUUAGAACUAGGGAGUUGUUAGGGCUAAUUUGAGGAGGGCUCAGUCUUGAAAACAAUCCUGCAGUCUUGAUAGAAAUCUAAGUCUCCAAAAACUCCAACCCUUUAAACAUUACCCCAGGAGAAACUGAUCUAUGAAAAUUCAUGUGUGACUAUGAAAGAUGUAGUUGAGUGAGGAGUUGAGGAAUUGGGAGGAUAGUGAGCUCUCACCCUAACUAUAAGAAGCAUGAUCUCAGUAGACCAAUAAUUCGCCUUUUUAUACACCUGUAAAUAAAUGGAAUGUUUUUAAGAAUAUAAUUAUGUCAGAUUUAGCUUUUUCUUUUAUAUAUUAAAUAUAUAUCUUUCUUUUUCUGCUUUUGAAAAAUGACUAUUUUUUUAGAAACCUAAGAACAGAAGAAGUUUGGUCAGUGGGAGAAUGUAUAAACUUGAAAUAAAUCAGUUACAAUAAUUAAAGCAGGACUUGGUGUUGCUAGGUUUGUGCUGAGUUGUAAUAGAGAAUUCUGAUGCUCUGAGACAUCUGGGAGGGGUUCCACUGAAGGAGUUUAAUCAUAGGAAUUCCUUACUGUUUUCAAAGUUUCUGACAUGCCAUUUGGGGGAGGUUUUUGGUAUUCUAAUCUUUGCAGCAUGUUUUACAUGGAGAAUUUGAAAUUUCAUACAACUUGAUGGCAAGUAUUUGUCUCAAGAAGUCAUUCUACAGUGAAGAAUGACUAGCCGCCUAGUACCAGUGUGUGCAGGGUGUAACAUACCUGUUACCCAUAGUCUUAGUGGCUGAGGACAAUAGAUGUUCUUAAAGCAAGCUAUAGGUUAACUAGUGUCACAGUUUACAAAAAAAUUUAUUAAAGGAGUCCCUUAGACAUUAAACUACUCUAAGGUCACUAACAGAUCAAGUCCAGUUAUAUAAACUUCAUACAUAUUACUGUGUGUAAUGUUUUUUCCCCAGAAUUUGAUGAGAUACUUAACUACAGGCCUUUCUAUAACAAGUUUGAAAACGUUUUGACCACAGAAGAAAGGCAGACAAUCCAUAUAUUAUUUAGAGCAGGGUUUAGUAGUAUAGAUAGUUUUUUCCCCCUGAUUAUACUAGUUGAGAUAUUGGAAUGAUAUCAGGUGAAUUGAGAGGUAAAUGCACUUUGAAGAGAGUCUGAAAAAUGAUGACCCUUAUUCCUCACUCUCAGAUUAAAACAAAAAACAGUGCACAGAGGCACAAAGUAGGCACAUUUUCAGAUACUUUUGUAGAGAAUGAUUGAUAACCAAGAAUCAGAAUAGAUUUAUUGCACAGAAUUGUUGAUUUUUAAGAAAAUAUAAGGGCAUCAGUACUUCAUGUUGUGUUAUCUCUUAUGAAAUUUUCCAUGAACAUGAAUUGCUGGAUGCAGGGAAAAUUAAAGCUGAGGUAUAUAGACUUACUGCCAUUUGGAGAAAAAGUAAAAUGCUUUUUUGAAAUUAAGUUAGAGGGAAAUAAUUUGAUAUAUACAACUUUUGGACUGAGGCAUAAUUGUAGCAUAUUGUAGCAUAUGACUGAACUGCUCUACAAAGAUGCUAAGUGCUGAUUAAUAGGGAUGGAAGUGUGUGGAGGGUGAGAAGGCUAAACCGUGGGACGAGUUGAAAUUUUGAGACAAAUCUAAGCUCUACUAAAUUCUGUCAUUGUAAACUAUGUUAUUAGAUUUUGUUAAAUAAGAAAGCAGUCUUGGAAGCAUUGCUUUGAGAUCUACCCUGUUUCCAACUGCAAACAUUGGUCUCAGCUGUCCCACAGUGCCUUGCAUGUAAAGGUGCUCAAUAAAUAUUUGAAUUGAUGA